AUGCCUGCUCGUUAUGCGGACUAUAUCCCAGCUGGACCUACCAAUCUCCCACAUUUACCUGCUCCUCCUCCAGAUAGUCCUCCCAACCGAGUCAUCAAUGACCUCCCUGAUUACCAGCCCAUACUCAUCCCCUACCAGACUGCACCGGAUGCACUGGGUCUUUUCCGCAUCUAUGCGCAAAAACCCACUCUCAUACCCACCGGAAAUGAAGGCCUGGAUGUGAUCGCUGAUGCCCUGACCUUUGAAACUCAGGGCAAUUCUCAUUUAGUGCAUUCUCAGAUCGAUCCUGGACUUCCCUCCCAAGAAAUCCGUCUGGAAGACAUAUUUUCCCCAUUUAGCAGCCCGACCACAGGACUUCUCAUGUGCAGGCAGUAUUCCGGCGCAAACUCUAAGUCGAGCGCCAAAAUGAAACAUCUCACCAGGGAAUUUCUCAACAAUGAUGUAUAUAGGAGAGAAGACAUG